CGAGCGCUGGCUGGGCUAGGAACUGUAAUGCUUGGCUCUGUGCGUUUCCUACCCGGCCAGUAACGCUGCCUGCCGGAGCUGGGCUCUUGGAAGAAGGACGGUCGCUCCAGUAGGGUAGUAUGUCGAGUUUCUCUAGGGCGCAGCAGCAAUGGGCCACUUUUGCUCGAGUGUGGUAUCUCUUAGAUGGGAAAAUGCAGCCCCCUGGGAAACUUGCUGCUGUGGCAUCAAUAAAACUUCAAGGAUUACAUAAACCUGUGUACCAUCAACUGAGUGACUGUGGGGAUCAUGUUGUCAUAAUGAACACAAGACACAUUGCAUUUUCUGGAAAUAAAUGGGAACAAAAAGUAUAUUCCUCACAUACUGGCUACCCAGGGGGAUUUAAACAAGUAACAGCUGCUCAACUUCACCGGAAGGAUCCAGUGGCUAUUGUAAAACUAGCUAUUUAUGGCAUGCUGCCAAAAAACCUUCACAGAAGAACGAUGAUGCAAAGGUUGCAUCUUUUUCCAGAUGAGGAUAUUCCAGAAGAUAUUCUUAAGAAUUUAGUGGAAGAGCUUCCUCAACCACGCAAAGUACCUAGACGUCUAGAUGAGUACACACAAGAAGAAAUAGAGGCUUUUCCAAGACUGUGGUCUCCACCUGAAGAUUAUCGGCUGUAGGAGAAUGAAAAUUGUAGAAAAUAACAAUGAGGUGAUUGAAACAUCUACCUUAUGAGUUUCUCUAACCUACAGCAAAGAGUGAAACAACUAGGGGAAAGGUCAGGAAGGGAUAUUCCUUCAACAGGAAAUUGCAAUAAAAUACUAUUUUGUAGAAUUGUUUUAUUAUGUAAUCUGAUUUGAAUGUUAUAAAUGAUGAUAAGAAUAAAAUUGCUUACUUGAUUAACUA